AAAAUCUCUACUCGCUGCUCCUAUACCUUCUGAUGAUGAAUAACAACACUUAACUGAGAUGGACCCCGAAAAGGUCGUUAUUAAAGUAUUAUAAUAGUGUCAAGAUGAUCAUGUUGACUACCAUUACAACGCAUGCGUGRGUAUUCCUCGGUGCUGACCGUGAGGAACGCACGCUCGAACAAACGAAUGGCCAGAAUUCCACUUGACUAAAACCACACUGGUUUGACGAGCAUUACAGCGCAUGCGUGGGUAUUCCUCGGUGCUGACUGUGAGGAACGCACGCUCGAACAAACGAAUGGCCAGAAUUCCACUUGACUAAAACCACACUGGUUUGACGACCAUUACAGCGCAUGCGUGGGUAUUCCUCGGUGCUGACCGGGAGGAACGCACGCUCGGAGACAAGAAUGACCAGAAUUCGACWUAACUAAAACUGGACUGGUUUUAAAGUUCUAUUGAUGUACAAAAUAUCCCCAUUCCUCGAAAUAAUAAUAUAUGGUCAAUAUUUUCUAAAAUUGUGCAAUUUUGAUACUCUUUUUUUUAAAUAACGCUAUUCCAUGUAAAUAUGCACCGAAUUAAAAUAUUUCAACAGAUAUCAUAUUCCUAAACAAGAUGUUUUGAAUAUCAAUUAGUAAUCUUAUUCUUGGCUAGGCAUUGCCUUCGUUCUUACUUUAAGAUCAUGAAGUAUUAAAUUGCGAAACGACACAUCGCGACAGUGAGACAGAUAAUCGCUUUUCACUCCAUAAAGCAACUCCCUUACCUGAGCUGCCACAAGAGGUAUGACGAUUAUUGUAGUUGACUAUUUAGCAAUUAGUCCUGGAGGGCUGGAGGACUGGAGGACUAAUUGUUCUAGGCUCAGGUCAAACGUCACGUCGAGCUUAACAUGAGCCGAACCUAAUUCGAUGUUAUUAGGUUCGGCUCAUGUGCAGUUCGACGUUUGACCUGAGCCAUAGUCAACUCGAACUAGUCGGUCAAUUAUAUAGAUGCAAAAGGUUUUUAAUUAAAGUUGAAUUCAAUGUUUAGGUUUUCAAAGCAGGCACUUUUCGCUACUAGCAUAGUAGCAGCUCGUCCUAUCUGAACACAGCAUUGAUUAUAGAAAACACUUCGCGUUUGUAUUUGACGUCACACGAUCAAAAUAAAUGGUCAAUACAAUGCAAAACCGCUGAAAACUAUAAUAUCUAUCUUUACGACUAUCGGCUUUGUUUCUCCUCAUUAGCCCCACGUUAAAAUAAACUUUCCGGUUUAAAUGAGCUACGAAGAUUAUCUAAAAGACGUCAGUCAGUCAGUGAUAAGCUUUAAAGUGAAUGCAAUUAAGACUGUCCGUUAAACAAAGGGAUACUCGGGAUAUAUAAAACUGACAAACCAUCUCCGGCAUAACAAGAUUGUGUAAUAAGUACAAUCGGUAGAAUUUCCUGCCCGCUUGGGGGUUGAUUUAUCAUUAUUUCGACAAAUAAAAAGACUUACAUAUGAUUAUAUUAAUGAAUAGAGUUAGAAAUGGUUUCAAUAGAAUAUUUGUGUUUGCAGAAUGUGAUAAACCCCAUUUUAAACAGCUUUGUAGGUAUGAAUUUUUUUUCUUUUUUCGUUUUUUUCUUUCUAAGCCAUUAUUCCCGUCUUUAAUAACCAUCGUAUUGUUCGUUUGCUUUGCUUGCAGAUAAUCCACAUCCAUUGUAUCAUUUCAUAUAAACCAACAGUCAACAUCCAGACUUCAAGCAAUCAAAUAUAGCAGUUGGAUUUCGUAUCACGUUUUCCCAUCUAUCAGGGCGGUCUGUUCGAGGACUGCUUGAAGCUACCAUUAAUCACAACUGGCAAUGGUAUCUUCAAGGUGAAAGAAGAUACUUAAAACAGGAAAUAGAAAUUUUGUUGGUAUAAUCUUUAGACUUUCGUUGUGAAACGGUACUUUGAAAAUUUCAGUAAUUUUGUCGUGCAGUAUGUACGAAGUAAUACUGGUGUAUAUUCUUGUCUUGGGUACCCUUUGUUGGAGUCUAGCGCCUCAAAACUUUGAUCACGAAGUAUGUGGAAGCUGGAAAAGAUACGGUAACUCGUGCUACAUGCGGGUCUAUGAUAAAGUCAAGCACACGGAUGCUGAUAUAUCGUGUCGAGGGAACGAUGCGUUUCUGGUAGAAGUUGAUGACRCUCUUGAACAACGAUUCGUGUUUGAGCAUCUAGUAAGAGUUCCGUACCCUGAGGGGGUAUGGACGGGAUUGGUACGAGUCACUAAUGGUUCAGAAUGGACGUGGAAUGGAAGAAARCCUUUGAAGUUUAAUUUCUGGGGCUUCGGGGAACCGAAUGACUUUAUGAAGCAAGGAGAGAAGUGCUCUGAGAUGAGAUCCUGGGAUGGCAAGUGGAAUGAUGUGCUGUGCUUGAAUAGGUUGUCCUACGUAUGCGAAAAAGAAAUUAAAGUAGGACAGUCCUCCACUAUGUCCACAGACAUCAGCCGAAUGAAUGGCGCCCUCACAGGUCACGUGAUUCUAGCUACCAAUGCGACCGGUGUAAUGGACUGUUACGAUAAGUGCCAAUCUAUCCCACAAUGCCUUUCGUUCAACUAUGAGCACUCGACAAGCAACCCACUGAGAACCUGUGAGCUAAACAACUCAACGAGAGGUCUUGUUGGCCAGAGCUUUGUACCUAGUGAUGGUUUUACCUAUUAUGACUAGCCCGUAUAUCGCCACACUUAUUUUUGCAUGGACAAAACAAAGUUUCAAAAUAAGAACCUCAUUUCAUUGAAUAAGGUGUUGGAUACUGCUUAAUAACCCCCUUCCAUUUUUUUCACUUCCUUAGCAAUGAAAUUUAAUAGCAACUAUCUAAGACUUAUUUUUGGUUGUUGUUGCUGUGGUUGUCGUUGUUCUUGUUGUUGCUGUUGCUGUUGCUAUUGUUGUUGUUGUUGAUGUUGUUUUUCAAGGAAUUAUAUAAUUUGUACAAAGUUACCCUUAAUAAUUGCGAAAAACUAACUAGAGUGUUGAGAACAUGUGUUAUUCUCUUGAGAAAAAGAUUCUUUGUUUAAGUUGUAUUCAUAUUCAUGUAUUUUCUACUCAUGCACAACCUUUUACUCCGACGAAGGACUAGCGUCCGAAACGUCAGUAAGUUUUUUCAUCUUUUCACGGUGUAAAAAUUACCUUUUUAUCAUUACUGUUUUAUUAGAAACACCGACGCAUCUCGCAAUAGUUUUUAGCUUCAUUUAGUUAUCUCUUCAUGCACAAGAAGCGAUACUCCAUGAAAUGAAACGUGGUCUGCAAUCCUGCUUCUGUACUUUUCUAGAACUGUGGUCAUCCAUAUCCUUCACUCUCUCGGAAAUACAUGGAUACAAAUUGUGUACRUAUUGAUUGUAAAUAUUGAAUUUAGCUUGUUAGGUUUUGCAAAGGGAGGGAAACCCGGAACAUAUACAAUGCUAAAAGCGUGUGCAUAUGGGGCCAAAUUAGAAUUGACAUAUUGUAUUUGUGGUUGCACGCAUUGCAUUCCAAGAUAGCAGUAGUCUGCUAAAUAAUUUAAUAGGUAAAUAGAUGCAAAAUCAGAUACAACUUGUAUUGUAGCAAUAUUAAAUAUGUUGCAUGUGUCUUAGCUUUGUUUUACAAUGUCCCUAUUUCCUUUGCUGACUUUUAACAAAAACUUUUCAGUCGAACUUUUCAUGAGCCUUGAAAACAAUGGAUACAAAGCGGUCUUCGUUUAUGUCAUUAGGUUAAACUCAUGCGACGUUCUCUUCAUUUAGUCUUCAACUUAGUCUAAGUGUUGAUUCAGACGUAUCGCGCAUAAUAUUUUAGCUUUGGGAUUAAAUAAUAUCUAUCCAUUAAUAAACAUGCCUCUAACAUAUCGUGCA